AUGUCAUCUAAUUUACUGGAUUUGUUUUCAAUCUCUCAAAAUUUUGAUCCAUUAACAAUUACUCAAAAUGUGGAUAUUUUAUCAUUUUCCCAAAAUAUGGAGGUUUUGACUAAAGCAAAUUUUGAGGUCAACAAAAUUAUUAUUAAAAUGGCUAGAGCAUUCAAACAAACGGCGGAAUCAAUUAAUGAUUUAGAAGGUCGUCAUUGGUCUUUUGAUGGAAAUAUUAACACAACAAAUAUUCUUGGUGGUCAAAAAGAGUCAUCUGGUCCAAAAAAUCCAGAACUUUACAAAACUCAAUGGUGUCGCAAUAUUUUGUUGAAUGGAAAUUGCAGUUUUGAAGAUAAAUGUUGGUUUGUGCAUAACAGCUCUGAGCUUAGAAAUGUUCCACAAUUAAACAAAACAAUUAACGUCGCUCCAUUAUUUAAUCUUUCUUCGUCUGCUCUUUAUAAUCGUCGAAUUGGUCGUUUUUGA